UUCCACCGGAAACCUCAGCGUCGAUUCAACGCCGGCCGAGGGGGACACAUGGAGAGGGAGAGAGCAAACAGCUAACAUCAUAGAGGGAGUGGUUUACUCAUGGAGGAAAUUGAGAGUUGGUUUAAAAACCUGCACAUUGCCAAACGAUGCACACACAAAACUGAAGAUCUAACAUACCUGCUGGAUAUUGACUGCCUAAAGGUACCUGGAGGACAAAACAAUCAACUAGUUGCUGUUUCAUGUUCUAACCACUGUGUCCGUGUGUACAAUAAACAGACACUGACUCUAGUUCAACAGUUCCAGGGCCACUCUGCUCCUAUUAGUGGCAUUAGGUUUGCACAAACCAGUGACCAGUUGUUGUUCUCUGCAUCGUGUGAUGGAACAGUGAAGUGUUGGGAUGUGCGUUCAUCUAGCACAGACACAGUUCAGACUUAUAAAGGAUAUCCUAAUAACGCCUUUAUCAGCUUUGAUAUUAGCUGUAAUGAUUUGGUUAUCUGUGCCGGAACAGAAAAGGUUGAAGAAGAUACUUUUAUGGUUUUCUGGGAUGCUCGAAGUGGGACAAACAUGAUUAGCCCUGAAGGUCGGGAACCACUUGGAGUUUAUUCAGAGACUCACAACAACGACAUCACCCAAGUGCGUUUUCACCCCUCAAAUCCCAACAUGGUGGCAUCAGGGUCAACUGAUGGAUUGGUCAACAUAUUUGACAUCAGCCAAGAAACAGAAGAUGAUGCUCUUCUUGCAACUUGCAACUCUGAUUCCUCAGUCAGUUUUGUUGGCUGGUCUGGUAGGGAGCUGAAGCAGAUUUUUUGCAUGACCUAUGACGAGGGUUUCUAUCUGUGGGACCUUGCCCACCUGCACAAUGAAGAGCCCAUCACACUCGUGAAAAUGCAGGACGCCAGAGAAAGCUUGCAGCUUGACAGUGGCAACCUGGACUACCUGAUUGGGGGCUUUUACCAUGAGAAAGCUGAAAAGCUGUUUGUAUUAGGUGGUACACAUACGGGAAAGCUUCACUUUUUAAACUGUGAUGCUGGUGGCCUCACCCACCUUUACACACUGCACGACAGACACUCGGCUAUAGUUCGUGCUUUUUACUGGGAUUCUGAGGACCAUUCUUUGCUGACAUGUGGGGAAGAUGCUCAGUUGUUUUUAUGGAAACCAAACGCCACAGAAUUAACUACAGAAAAGAAAACAUCAAUGAAAUUUCCGUCGGAUGUGCAUAGAAAAAUGAGAGUUCACAGCAAAAAUGCUUACAAAAGCAAGAAGUAAGAUGUGUAGACAACUCACACUUGCCGACAGCUGAGUUCCAUUGAGAUUGAUUUCCGUUUUGCUGAGAGGAAAACAAAUUUUCCUGUCUGUCAGGAAUUCAGUCGUUCAACAGCUACUAAUUGACUCCAGAUCUGUAUUGCUUCUAAACAAUAUGGCUUUAAUUGGGGAAACCUAGAAAGUGAAACAUAAUAACAUUUCUAAAAGAUACAGCAAGAGCUGCCUGUUCAGAAUUGGGAUUUUAUUCCGAUGGCUCUUUUUUUUUCUUUUACUGUGGCAAUAUUUAAAUAAACAUUUUUUAGUGCCUUUGGAAGGACUAGAGAAAA